AAUGUGGGAUUCCCCCAAAAGAAAGAAUCAACACCCUCGGAGAAAUCAACAAAACUGGAAAUCAACGGCAAAAAGAAGAAGAUGAAAGCGUCCUCGCACAAACCACUAGUAGGACAUCAUGAAGGUCAAAAAUGGUUCAACUAUCAGGUAAAUGAGGUAGUCACGAGUGCUGCCAAGGAUACACUUGGUACUGCCGAGAUGCUUGUUUUAGAAGAGGAGGCCGAUAAUUUGUUAAAUGCUGAUGUUGAUCUUUACAACCGCUAUGUACGCACUCAAGGAGGCUCUGAAGCAUCUUGGCUUCAAACGGUUAUUAAAAGUGGUACAGCAAGCGAUCGUAUGACAGCUAUGCAAGUACAGAUGCACACAUCGCCUAUCCACUCACUACCUUAUGCUGAAAUCAUGAUCAGUUCUCUUGAAAAGAAGAACACUCGAGAAGCGUUGGAAAUAUUGCGUAUGUCUUAA